AGGUGAUGAACCGUAAGGCUGGGACUUGCUGUGAUUUCGAACGUUCCUUUUCUUCCUCCUCUUUCGUUCGAGCUCUUCUUCGUCUCCGUCGCCGUUUCCGUCUUCCCGUAGCUCGGAUUUCUUAACCGAGAGCAGGGUUAGACUGGUGAUAGUGGCAAGUCUGCAGCUGGCAAAUGGAGGAGUCUUGUUUGGCGGAUGUUGUUUGUUGGGCCACUAUCUGGCUACUUUGGUUGUAUUUCGUUUGCACACUCUAACUCUAGUCGGAUUGGAACAUUGUAUAUAUUUAUAUUCUAGAUCCUAUAUUUAUAUACUCGUUCUAUUCUGUCUAGUGUUUCCGGUGUGCUGUGGUUAUGAGUGUAGUGACCAGCCGGAGGUCGUUACAGUAGCCCUGACAACUUACAUACUUCUCAGACUUCAAAUUUAACUCCUGAUCAGUGUCAACAAUUAAUCAACUUUCUAACAAAUCAAAUGCACGCCGAUACUACUUUAGAUGCAAUUGCUACUAAUGUGAUAGGUAUCUGUAUAAUUGUUGCUCUCGAUAAUAAUUAUCAUAUAUGGAUCAUAGAUUAUGGUGCAACCUCUCAUAUUUGUUGUUUUAAACACUUAUUUCAUUCUUAUAUUGCCAUACAUGAUUCACAUGUUCUCUUACCAAACUCCACAAAACUUAAGGUAGAAGGUAUUGGUAGUAUCAAGAUUAAUGAUGAUAUUUUCCUUCAUAAUGUGCUUUACAUACCAACAUUUAUAUUUAAUCUUUUAUCUCUUCUAACUCUAGUCAAUGAGAAUUCUUUUAGAUUUAUUAUGGAACCUAACUCUUUCACUCUCCAAGACCUGAAGACAUUGAGGAAGAUUGGCACUGCUAAACGGCAACAAAGGUUACUGGUUUUUGAGUUUCCUACAUGCACUUUUCCUUCUAAUUGUAUCAAUUAUUGUAAUGUUGUUACCUAUGAUACUUGGCAUAAGAGAUUAGGACAUGUGCUUAAUUCUGUUUACAAAUUGAUUGCUAAUAAAACUGAUAUCAAUUCUAUUGAUUCUAGUUAUCACUGUAGUAUUUGGAAUAUUGUUAAGCAAAAUAGAUUACCUUUCUCUAAUCCUAAUAAUUUUAGUCCUAAUUGUUUUGAUUUAAUCCAUGCUAACAUAUGGGGCCCCUUUAGACAACCCACUUAUUAUGGUUUUAGGUAUUUCUUGACUUUGGUGGAUGAUAAGAGUAGAUUCACUUGGGUUUACAUGUUUCACAAUAAGUCUGAUUGUAUUCAUAUUAUACCCUAGUUUUUUGCCUUUGUUGAAAAUCAAUUCCAUACUAAAAUCAAGACAUUUAGAUCUGACAAUGCAUCAGAACUUAAUUUCAAAGAUUUUUUUUCUUACAAAAGGGUGUUCUACACCAAUUCUCUUGUGUUGAAAGGCCUGAAUAGAAUAGUGUUGUUGAAUGCAAACAUUUACACUUAUUGAAUAUUGCUCGUGCCUUAAUGUUUCAAUCUAACGUCCCUAUGACCAUAUGGGAAGAUUGUGUUAAAACUGCUGUUUUUCUCAUGAAUAGAACUCUCAGGCCUAUUCUGAACCACAAAUCCCCAUAUUAACUUUUAUAUGAUAAAUUGCCUAAUUAUUCUGAUUUCAGAAUCUUUGGUACUUUGUGUUAUGCUUCUACAUUACUAUCCAGCAGACAUAAAUUUAGUCUCAGAGCCACUACAACUAUUUUCAUUAGGUAUCCUCAUGGUUAUAAAGGUUAUAAACUUCUCAACUUGGUCACACAUCAAACCUUCAUCUCUAGAGACGUGAAGUUUUAUGAAAACAUAUUCCCAUUCCAAACCAACAACUCCUCUUCUCCUAAUCUUGAUGUUUUUAACAAUCACAUCACACCCAAUCUUAUACACACUGAAUCUUAUGAUGAUCUUGAUCCUACACCUACCAGCACCACUCAAAACAAGACAGAACAACAACAGAUUAUACCUCCUGCAACUCCCCCUGAACAACCUCACCCAAGAAGGUCCAGUAGAGUUAUCAAUCCUCCUAGUUACCUCUCUAAUUAUCACUGCUACAAUGUGACCAUCGAUUCCACUCCCCCUUAUCCCAUUCAAAACUCCAUCAGCUAUUCCAAUUUAUCCAAAACUCAUACACAUUACCUCUGUCAAGUUUCAGCUAAUUAUGAACCCCAAACUUACAAGAAAGCCAUCAAAUUUCCUUAGUGGAAGCAGACAAUACAAGAUGAACUUACAACUAUGAAAGUUAAUAACACCUGGUCCAUUACCCUUCUUCUUCCUGACAACAAGCCUAUUAGAUGCAAGUGGCUCUUCAAAUUAAAGCUCAAUUCAGAUGGCACUGUUGCAAAAUACAAAGCCAGAUUAGUUGCUAGAGGCUUCACUCAACAAUAUGGAUUGGAUUUUCAAAAAACUUUCUCAUAGGUCGCAAAAAUAACCACUCUAAGGUUACUUUUAUCUGUUGCAGCAUCUCAGCAUUGGCACCUUGCUCAACUUGAUGUCAACAAUGCGUUUCUAAAUGGUAGCCUUGCUGAGGACAUCUACAUGAAAAUUCCUCAAGGUUAUCCUCAUCACAUCCUUCUUACUUCCUGUGCCCCCUUAGUAUGCAAGCUACACAAGUCUAUAUAUGGCCUUAAACAAGCCUCAAGAAGUUGGUUCAAUAAAUUCAGCACCACACUAACUUCUCAGGGAUUCAACCAGUCCAAGUAUGACCACACCUUGUUCACUCAAGGUACCAAUUCAACAUUCAUUGCCAUACUUGUCUAUGUUGAUGACAUUGUUAUUGCUAGUCCAAACCUUGCUACUAUCACCUCUGUCAAAGACAUGCUCCACCAAUACUUCAAAUUGAAAGAUCUAGGUGAUUUAAAAUUUUUCUUGAGUUUGGAACUAUCAAAAUCUAAGUCAAGGAUUUUCAUGUGUCAAAGACAUUACACUUUUUCCAUUCUUGAAGAUUGUGGAAUGCUGGCCUGCAAACCCUCAAUUGUUCCUAUGGAAGCUUCUUUGAAACUGCAUGCUGAAUCUAGCGUAAAACUCUCUGAUCCAGGUGUAUAUAGAAGGCUUAUAGGGAGGCUCUUGUAUUUAACCAUUUCUAGACCAGAUAUUAGCUACACUAUUCACAAAUUGAGUCAGUUUGUCUCUGAUCCUCAUUCUGGUCACAUGGAUGCUGCUCAUAUGCUAUUGAGAUAUCUUAAACACACUACUAGUCAAGGAAUUUUAUUCAAGGCCAAUUCUGACACUAAAAUUCAUGUAUAUGUGGAUGCAGAUUGGGGCUCCUACGUUGAUAGUAGAAGAUCCACCACCGGUUACUGUGUUUUCUUUGGAAAUUCUCUUGUUUCCUGGAAAGCUAAGCGGCAGAAUACUGUUAGCAAAUCCUCAGUAGAAGCAGAAUACAGAUCUCUAGCAUCUAUCUCUACUGAGCUAACUUGGUUGAGGAAUUUACUGAUUGAUUUCAACAUUCAUAUUCCAUAUGCUACUAUUUACUAUGAUAACCAGGCUGCUAUCUACAUUGCUUCUAACCCCACAUAUCAUGAAAGAACUAAACACCUUGAAAUUGAUCUUCAUUAUGUAAGGGAACAAGUGGACAAAGGUGCUCUCAAGUUAAUCCGUGUCAGAAAACAUCAUCAGUUAGUUGAUAUUUUCACCAAGUCCUUACCCCGUACUGUGUUUCUUAACAUAUUGUCCAAGCUGGGAGUUGAGAACAUAUUCCUCCCAUCUUGAGGGGAGUAUUGGAUUUAUAUGACUUAUACAGUUAGUUAUUUUUGUUUAUUUUCUGUUUUCCUUCCCUUGUAUAUAUAUUGACUUUGCUAUUCUAAAAUAAUAACACAAAUGUA